AUGGCCGACAACAACAACAACCAGCAGCAGCCCGGUCUCAUCGGCAGCCACGCCCAAUACGUCAAGGGAGCCGCAGAGGCCACAAUUGGCGCCAUCACUGGCUCUGAGCCUUGGAAGGCCUCAGGCGAGCAAGACAAGGCGGCAGGUCUUGCCGACAUGAAGAAGGCUGGAGAGCUUCGCGCACAGAACGACCCAAACAACCAGACAGGAUACGGAAAGGCCGAGGAGAUUGCUGGCAAGCUCACCGGCUGCCAGGGUAUGGAGCGAGAGGGCCAUGCCAGCGCCGCUCCCAAGAACGAAUAA